AUGAGGAUUUCCUACGGCUUAAAUUCAUUUCGCCUCCUCAUCAUAUUCACUGCUUGCUUAUUUGUAUACUUUACCUUUCUAAGGAAAAAAACUAAUGAAGAUGUAAAAAUAUCUUCACGUUUUGAGAUCCCAACCAAUAACUACUCCUCUAUAUUGGGUCAUAAACUUGAUAAGCUUCCUAAUCAAGAUGAUGCUAAAAAAUUAUUUCAACUCUGGAAGAAAGAACAUGGACGAGUCUACAAUGAUCAAAAGGAGACGGAAGAGAAAUUUGACAUAUUUGUUACAAAUUUGAAGUAUAUCACAGAGAAUAACGCAAAGAGAGAUUCAUCUCAUAGCGUUCUUCUUGGUCUGACCAACUUUGCUGAUUGGAGCUUCGAGGAGUUCAAAGAAAAAUACAUGACCAUGAACAAGGACACCAUGAAUAUUGUGAGCAACGGCGAUGUUCGUGUUUCAACAUGUAGUAAUCCACCUCUAACCUGGGAUUGGAGGACAGAAAAAGUUGUCACUUCGGUUAAGACUCAAGGCAGUUGUGGUAGUUGCGCGUCGUUCUCAGCUGUAGGCGCCAUUGAAGGAAUAGUUGCAAUAGUGACAGGGAAGCUUCUCGACCUUUCAGCACAAGAGCUUGUUGAUUGUGUAGGUAAUGGUUGUCGUGGGGUAUAUGUAUACCAAGCGCUACAAUGGGUUUUGAACAACAAAGGGGUUGCAUUGGAGAGUAAAUAUCCUUAUACUGCAGUGGAGGGUUCUUGCAAAAACAAAGAGAUUCCAAACAGUGCAAGUAGUAAGAUUGAUUCGUUUUAUCACGUGGACAAAUCAGAGAAGGCACUAUUGUGUGCAGUUGCUAAACAACCGAUUAGUAUCUGUAUUUAUGCAGCCACACAAGAAUAUCAACAUUAUUACAAUGGAAUACUUCAAGGUAAAGAUUGUCCCGUGGAUUCUACAGAUAUAACUCACUGCAUGUUAAUAGUGGGUUAUGCCACUCAUGAGGGACAAGAUUAUUGGAUAGUAAAGAACUCGUAUGGCAAAUAUUGGGGAAUGGAGGGUUACAUGUUUAUCAGAAGGAACACUGAUAAAAAGUAUGGAGUUUGUGCAAUCAAUGCGUGGGAUGUUUUUAAUUGGUGGUUCUUCUCUUUUCGUUUGGCUUAUGUCUUUCGUUUGUCCGCUUUUGUUGUUUUAGCGCACUACAAGUGCUCUCUGUUUCUCUCUAUUCCAAACAGCGCAAGUAGUAAGAUUGAUUCGUUUUAUCACGUGGACAAAUCAGAGAAGGCACUAUUGUGUGCAGUUGCUAAACAACCGAUUAGUAUCUGUAUUUAUGCAGCCACACAAGAAUAUCAACAUUAUUACAAUGGAAUACUUCAAGGUAAAGAUUGUCCCGUGGAUUCUACAGAUAUAACUCACUGCAUGUUAAUAGUGGGUUAUGCCACUCAUGAAGGACAAGAUUAUUGGAUAGUAAAGAACUCGUAUGGCAAAUAUUGGGGAAUGGAGGGUUACAUGUUUAUCAGAAGGAACACUGAUAAAAAGUAUGGAGUUUGUGCAAUCAAUGCGUGGGGUACAUACCCAAACAAAAAGAAAUGAGCUGAGAAUUAAGUUAAUUGGGACUGGAUCCCGCCCAAGUUGCUGAAUUUGAGUGGUCAAUUGCGCUCCUUUUAC